AUGAGUAUUGACGCUGCAAACUUGAUUAAAGCUGCUGUUCCAGAAGCGGAAGGGCGAAGCGCACGUAUUAUUUCACAGAAUGUGUCAGAUCACAGAGAUCCCAACUUCCUCUCCAAGGAUUUCCCGCGACGACCUCCAAAAUUAUAUUUGACAGCAGAGAGCGAUGAAUUUGACGCUGUAACCAUCGCUGAAUGGCAAGCUGAAGGAUUCGACGUUGAAUACCUCCCGAUGGGCAAUGGUGGAGACGAAUAUUUACAGAAGCUUCGAGGGCUCCGAGGAAAUGAGAUGAGCUCAUUUGAGAUUUUUGGCAUCGUUGCAUACGGCGAUGCCGCCGCCAUGUGCCUUGAGCACUAUCACAUUAUGGAUAAUAACCCUGACUUCAAGCUCAAACUUCUCAUUGCUUAUUAUCCGACCGCAAUUCCAGAUCCAAAAGGCCAGUUUCCAAACAAUAUCUCCGCUCUCGUGCACUUAAUCGCCGGAGAAGAUGUCGGCGUCACAAAGCAGUCGCAAAUGAUUGGCAUCCAAGGCAAACGGCGCACAACACACAAAACCAUCCAACCAGGAAUUGGUACGGGCGGCUUGCUUAGCCUCGCAUACCCCAGCUAUACUUACCAAGCACAGCCUGGAUUUGCAGAACAUGAUUUGGAUGAAUAUGAUAUGAUAUCCGCAGGCUUGGCUUGGAGUCGAAGUCUGGCUGCGGCAAGGAGAGCAAUGGGACAGACGGUGGACUUGGAACCGGUGUGGGAAGAAAACGUCCAAGGAAAGUUUUUUACUCGCAACCUCAAGCCGACCAUGUCGAGCUACACAACUCAUAAGAGCCCACAUGUGACUUACAUUCCCACUUUAACGGGGGGCAUUGGUGCCGACGAACUUGAAGAGUUCUACUCUCAAUACUUCGGAAACCCAAAGUCGCUCAAGUUGACUUUAUUAUCUCGAACAAUUGGAUCGGACCGCAUCGUGGACGAAAUUCAUGUUCGAUUCAAGCACACGCAAGAGAUGCCUUGGAUUCUGCCAGGCGUUCCGGCCACCCAGAAGCGAGUCCAAAUCCUUGUGGUUAGUAUUGUUACGAUGAGAGGAGGAAAGUUAUACCACGAGCACGUCUACUGGGACCAAGCCAGUGUAUUAUACCAGAUCGGAGCCCUUGAUCCCGAUGUGGUACCAGAGGCAGCUCGGAAGUUGGGUAUCGAAAAGUUGCCGAUUGUUGGAAGCGCUGCGGCAUCGAGAGUACUGAAAGGCUGGGAUCCCGAGGAGGAAGGGGAGGCGGACAAUGACUUGAUAGCUGGAUGGCACGACAGUGACGAUGGUGUUAAUGACCAGCCUCAGAAAAGCGAGGAGGUAGACGACAAAGGCGGCAAAAAGCCAGAAGAGAAAGUCGUCAAAAAGCCAGAAGAGAAAGUCGUCAAAAGGCCAGAAGAGAAAGGCGUCAAAAAGCUAGAAGACAAGGGCAGCAAAAAGCCAGAAGAGAAAGGCAGCAAGGAGCCAGAAGAGAAAGGCGGCGAAAAGCCGAAAGAGGGCCAAGGCAGUUAA